GGAGAGCUGGCCUCAAGUUGAUAUAUAAAAAAAAUGUCUUUCCACAAGUCUCUCCGCCUCUUGAGCCGAUCAUCAUCUUUGCAAACGACGGGCCGAGCACCAUCACAGCGAAGAUGGCUAGCAACGCCGGCCUCAGAUCCGAGCAAACUGCCAUUGGCUGGUAUCCGAGUGCUCGAUAUGACCAGAGUGCUCGCUGGUCCAUACUGCACACAAAUUUUGGGUGACCUCGGGGCUGAAGUGAUCAAGAUCGAACACCCUACAAGAGGAGAUGAUACGCGAGCAUGGGGACCGCCAUAUGCAACGUAUACCGAGCAGAGUGGCAAGCAAGGUGCUGGCGAGAGUGCCUACUUCUUGGCCGCCAAUCGUAACAAGAAAUCUAUAGGCCUGUCCUUUCAAUCCCCUGCCGGCGUCGAGAUUCUUCAUAAACUAGCCAAAGAAUGCGAUGUUCUCGUCGAGAACUAUUUGCCCGAUGCUUUGAAAAAAUACAACAUGGACUACGCCAGUGUCUCCGCAGUCAAUCCGAGCAUCAUAUACGCCAGUAUCACCGGAUAUGGCCACACAGGUCCCAACAAGAAACGAGCGGGCUACGAUGUCAUGGUCGAAGCUGAAUUCGGUCUGAUGCACAUCACAGGCCACCGAGACGGACCACCCGCCAAGGUCGGCGUGGCAGUCACAGAUUUGACCACGGGCUUAUACACGAGCAACAGCGUCAUGGCAGCAUUACUCGCUCGAGCCAAAACGGGUAGAGGACAACAUAUCGAUGUUGCGCUCGCGGAUUGUCAAAUUGCCACCCUCGCCAACAUCGCUUCCAGCUGUCUGAUUUCUGGCAAACCGGAUUCGGGACGUUGGGGCACUGCACAUCCGAGCAUCGUGCCAUAUAAAGGGUUCAAGACAAAAGAUGGCGACAUUUUGAUCGGAGGCGGGAAUGAUCGAUUAUUCGGCAUCCUGUGUGAGAAAAUCGGACACCAUGCGUGGGCGACGGAUGCGAGAUAUAAAACGAAUGCCGAUCGGGUAAAGGUGAGGGAUGAGUUGGAGGCCAAAAUUGAAGCGGUGACUACGACCAAGACAACGGAUGAGUGGUUGGCGAUAUUCGAAGGAAGUGGAAUGCCAUAUGCGCCCAUCAACGAUGUGAAAAAGACACUGGAGCUGGAACAUACACUCGAGCGAAACAUGAUAACCGAAGUCGAGCAUCCCACCUGUGGACCGAUCAAGCUCGUCAGUCCGCCUGUGAAAUUCAGUGAUACACAGCCAAGCAUACGAGAACCGCCUCCGACUUUAGGACAGCACACGACAGAAGUCUUGACGGAACUUCUGGGAAUGAAGUCAGACGAGAUCAAGACUCUGAAGAGUGAUGGCGUGAUAUCAUAGGUAGAGCCGUGCAUGCAAGAUCCUGUAGGAU